CAUGUCUUCCAAUUUGUCUUUAGUCUAUUUAACCUCUUUACCCUUUUAGACCUUUUGUCCAUUCGACCUUUUGUCCAUUCGACCUUUUGUCCCAUUCGACCUUUUGUCCCAUUCGACCUUUUGUCCAUUCGACCUUUUGUCCAUUCGACCUUUUGUCCAUUCGACCUUUUGUCCAUUCGACCUUUUGUCCAUUCGACCUUUUGUCCAUUCGACCUUUUGUCCAUUCGACCUUUUGUCCAUUCGACCUUUUGUCCAUUCGACCUUUUGUCCAUUCGACCUUUUGUCCUUCGACCUUUUGUCCUUCGACCUUUUGUCUUUCGACCUUUUGUCAUAGAUUCCAAUUUGUCACCCUAUUUUGACGAAUUCGGAGUACUGCGGCAAAACGGGCGUAUCGGCUCAGCCUCCUACGUUGGAUUUAAUACCAAGUUCCCGAUAAUUCUACCGAAGUCACAUCGAGUAACAGUUCUCCUUCUGGAUGACUAUCAUCGCCAAAACCAUCAUAUAAAUGCCGAAACCGUCGUGAACGAAGUGCGGCAAAAUUUCUACAUACCGCAACUUCGCGCUGCAGUACGCAAAACAGCAAGAACUUGCCAAUGGUGUAAAAUUUACAAAUGUCUGCCAUCUACGCCGAAGAUGGCACCAUUGCCAGCCGCCAGACUGGCGUCCUUUGAACGACCGUUUACAAAUGUGGGUGUAGACUACUUCGGGCCAGUACUAGUGAAGGUAGGACGUAGUCACGUAAAACGCUGGGUGGCCCUAUUUACGUGCCUAACUUUAAGAGCAGUUCACCUCGAAGUGGCACACAGCCUGAGUACGGAGAGCUGCAUCACUUGUUUUCGUCGUUUCGUCGCGCGCCGUGGAGCACCUCUAGAAGUUUAUAGUGACAACGGCACCAAUUUUCAAGGUGCCGAGAAACUGCUUAAAGAGCAAAUCAACAACGGAUUAGCAGAGACCUUUACAAACUCCAACACCAAGUGGUUCUUUAAUCCGCCGUCAGCCCCGCACAUGGGCGGAGCUUGGGAAAGGAUGGUGCGCUCCGUGAAAGCCGCUAUCGAGAACAUCGACACUGGCCGUAAGUUAAACGAUGAAGGAUUGCUAACAUUGCUGGCGGAAGCGGAGAGUAUUGUCAACUCUCGACCGCUGACCUACCUACCGUUGGAAUCGGAAGAACAAGAAGCUCUCACACCGAACCACUUCUUACUCGGAAGCUCAAAAGGAGUCAAGCAACCGCCAAAGAACCCCACCGAUCAUCGUGAAGCAGUUUCCAACAACUGGAAGCAGAUAUGUCAUCAGUUGGACAUCUUUUGGCACCGUUGGCUGAAAGAAUACUUGCCGACCAUCUGCCGGCGGACUAAAUGGUUCUGCGAUACCAAGCCCAUCGAAGUGGGAGACUUAGUACUUGUAGCGGAGGCCUCAAAACGGAACAGCUGGAUUCGUGGACGAGUAACCGAAAUGCAGCCAGGGCCAGACGGACGGGUGCGGCGAGCAACUGUGCAAACAAGUACAGGGUUUAUGAGAAGGCCGGCGUGCAAGCUGGCUGUACUAGACGUGAUAUCUUCUGGUAAAACUGCUUUGAACACGCAGUGUUACGGAGGCGGGAAUGUUGCUGCAUCGCCACGCCUCACUGUACAGCCGACUGAGUCCGGCUCUGAUAGAGUCACUCACACUUACCCAUGUGAUAAGGGGAUAUCGAUGACAGCAGGACGCAACGAUGAUAAUGCAAUAACAACAAAACCGUAAUCGAAAGUUACCUCAACGUGGUGAUCUACGAGUGUCUAUCUAAACCUAAAUUAAAAUUAAUUUGAUUAUCCUAAAACAUCAGUUAUAGUUAUAAGUUAUUAUUGCUACUGAAUUCGUAUCAUACGCUGUUGUGGAUUUCUUAUACUAAAGGUAGUGUACGAAAGCUUAGGUCGAGAAUAUUCGAGCCGCAUAAUUACUGAAAAAGCGAAUUGUAUUAAGCUUCGUCCAGUAAACACUCACUGAUCCUUAUUCAAACUUAACCUAAGAAUACUAAGCCUACACCAAAUUGUAAGUAUUGUACAGUAGAUUGUCUGAUUUCCUCCUUAAUAUUGAAAUAUAUUUUAGCUUGAGCUGUUCUACAAAGCUGAAAGAAAGUGUA